AUGAAGCGUGUUCUCGUGCUCAAUGUAGACUCUUUUGUUGGAAGGCAUGUGUGCCGUCAAUUUUAUGAUGCGAAGGAGUACCUUGUCGACGGUACGUUUUACCAUCAUCAAUCCACAACAGAAGCACCAACGCCGCCCAAGAUGGAGGAGCUGGGAGCAACACGGAGCCAGAGCUCUGGGUUAUGCGGCACUACCGAGGUACAAUUUCAGGAAACAAACUCGACCGGCAUUAAUGAAGUGGUCCCAACCGUUAGGCUACUCAAUGGGUGCCCACCCGAUGCCACCGUCGCAUCUGGCGCAGACAGCGCUGCUGGUAAAGAGUCAGUGCAUCACUAUGUUAAUGAUAUGAGGCCGUACCUGAACGCCGUAGUGCCGCGACACGGUGAGAUCAAUGAUGAGGAGUUCCGCUCACAGUUGCUGACCUACGACAUAAUCAUUGCCGUUCUCGAGGAAAAUGCUUUUGAAGCGGAGUGCGCGAUUAAAAUAUUAAAAGGCACACAUUACAAUGUAGAAAAGACAUUCGUACUCGUUUCGAAUGUUUUCACAUGGGCACAAACAGAUAUGCGCGAGUUGGAAAAUAGGAGAGCAGAGCGCCGUGCCGCGCGUGAAGCUGCGCGCCUCCAGCGGGAGCAGGAGCGUGCCAACAGGGAGCAGUCCACUGAAGACGGUGAUGAGACUGAGGAAGAGGAGGAAGAAGAAGAGGAGGAAGAGCAGUUAGAAGUGAAAGUUUGGAGCGAUGAGGAGUAUCGCCGCCGGUACCCUGACACACGCUACCACGGAUGGCGGGCGCUGGAGCACGCCGUAAAGCAAGCAAACUCUGAAACCCUCCACACAUAUGUGCUUUGGGCUGGACUUCCCUAUGGCGCCGGUGAGGAUUUGCUUCGUGAUCAUUUCUUAUCGGCGUGGCGGCAUCAGCCGAUUACUCAAUAUGGCGACGGGUCUAAUUACGUUCCCACCGUCCAUGUAAAGGAUCUUUCACGUAUCAUUUUUCUCGUUGGCUCUUCCUAUGACACGCUGGAAGAUCGUUACAUGUUUGUCGUCGAUCAGGGAAAUAACACCCAAAAGGAGAUUCUUGACGGUAUACGGGCCUACAUUGGGGGUGAAAUUGAGGUGACAGAGCCCGUCAUCGACCGCGACAAGCAGGUGCUUGACGAGAUUGAGGAGCGAAAAACGUCGGAGGAACUCAAACGAAGAGAGGAGUCGAUUAACGAAAGUAUCAAAAACUACAUGGAGGAGUUAGACACUCUUGCACGAGAGAAGGCGAUCUCCCUGAAGAGAAAAAGGGAACUGGAAGAGGCUGCGAAACAGCGUUCAAUGUAUAAGUCCAUUAUGAAUGCGAAGCGCUGCACGGAUGGUGAGGAGAAGAUCAACCGGGAAAAAGAGGAACUGAACUCUCACGAAUGCGCUGUGGAGGGUAUAGAACUAAAAAUGAUAUAUUUAAAGAUGGAGCUCUCACAAAAGGAGUUCGAGAGGGAUUUAGUUACCGAAUACAAUAGGUUGCGGUCUCUAGAUCAGCAGGUGAGGGAAAAGGAUAAGAUUGGUCUCCUCGUGAAGGGAAACGUCGAAGAAUAUGAUAACAAAGUAGCGGCGCCGGAAAUAGCGAUGGCAGACAUACGGCUGUACAUUGACGAGCCGCAUGGCUUGGGCAACUGGUUCAGCGCCCUGAAUGUUCGUUGUGAGUCUGGGGCUGCUUUACAACUGCUUGGGGAAAGUGAUUGGGUUUCACUCGGUGGUUUUGUCGCCAACGUGGACAAGGUUGUGCAGGAGUUCAAAUCGGAACGCUUACUUUGCCCCAUGCGUCUUGUUAUCGCCGGUCCCCCAUUUGGUAGGGUACCAGAGAUUUCCCGCAUAUUGGCGAAUUUAUUUGAUGUUGUUCAUCUUACAAUCGAGGACAUAAUAAUUGCAUUCGAGGCCCAUGUGGCGAAGGUAAGGGAGCAAAUGGUGACCAUAUUAUUGCGGCGCCGGGCACGUAGACAGGCUGCACGUGAGGAACGGAUCCGCCGCGAACGUCAGCGGCGGCUACUGGAGCGGAAGGAGAGACUCCGAGCCAAAAGGGAAGCCGCUAGGGGAGGUAAUGGUGAGGAUGAUGAUGAUGACGAGGAAGGCGAAGAAGAAGAGGAAGAAGAAGAAAAUGAGGAGGAAGAGGAAGAAGAUUUUGAAGAGGAAGAGAGUGAGGAGGGUGCAGCGACACAGUUGGACGAUGAAGAAGGGGAAGAGGGUCAAGGUAUACCUGGUGGAGGACUUGUUUCUCCUUCCCCUAAGCUCGACGGUGAUGAAAACAUAAUUCCAGAGCAUCAGCUACUGAACGGGCAGGAUGAGGAGGAGGAAGACGAGGAGGAAAGUGAAACUGACUCAAACGCAGAUACGAAGGCGCGGCAACUGGCACAACAAGUGGAUGAGCAGGAGCGAUUUGAGAUUGCUACCCUGAGGGAGGAGUACCGCUUUUGCACGAAGUUGCUGAACCUGCGUCUCUUGAAUGGUGAGUUCCCUCAAAUCCCCAAAUCUGAUGAGGAAGAAGAAGAAGAGGAAGAGGAAGAGGAAGUGGAAGUGAAUCGCAGGGGUCGGCGAAAGUCGAAGAGCAAGACAGCGGUUAACACAUCCCCAGAUCCUCCACCCACCAUUCGCUACUUUGACGAAGCACUCGCUGUAAUGGUUCGCUGGAGGUUACGCCAAGCUGACUGCAAGAACCAGGGUUACAUCCUCGAAAACUUCCCACGAACUGUUCGCCAGGCUCGACUCGUGUUUCUCGCUUAUACCCCCGAGCAGAAGGAGCAACAGCGACCCAAGUUGUACCGAAACAGUGCGGAACGGGCACAGCCACCGAAGCCAUGUGAUUUUGCGUUCCCACUACCAUCCCUUGAGGAGUUGGAUGACGGACGGCGGCGCGAAAUGCUGAACGCCAUGGAUGGAAAGUCCUUUCUCCAAUCAGAUGAUGCGCUUGCCCCGACGAAUGAUGCUCUUUUCCCGGACUGCUUCAUUUUCAUUCAGGCCAGCCGGGAUAUUGCGGAGGCGGAGGUGUCUGAGCUGAAGCAGGAUAUAGCUGAAGGUGGUGACCACAAGGAUCCCCAUGAAGAGUUGACGCAUUUUCUUACGAAUUAUCGUUUGGAUGCCCCACCAACUGAGUCGCUUCUUUCCUGGUAUCAAACCGUAGUUGUGGAGAAACCGGAGGAGGGGGAAGAUGCUCCAGCUGGAGGUGGUUGGGAUGGAGAGGAGCCGAUCGGUGGGGAGAGACCUCCUCGUUCCGCAUCUAUUGUAUUCGCUCCCAUGUUUACCCCCGAAAGCGCGGUUCAGACGGAUUGCGAAGAAGGGGGUGGACAGGUUGUAAUAGAAGAUGGUUUUGUUGAAUACUGCAACGUUCUCCGCGAAAGGGUCCUCAACAACAUUGGAUUAUCCACUUGCGGUGAAGUGAUUGAAUCAAUAAUGGAGGAAACGAAAAGUGAGAGGAGUUUGCAUCGAAGUCUAGAGCGCGAAUCUGGCGCGCUUUCCCAUCUGAAGCGAGGUUUCAAGACCUUCCUUCGCAUCGACAGCUCUAGAGAGAAGGCGCUUGUAGAAGAGGAGCGCUGUGUACUGCGAUACUUUGAAGCAAAGGAGAUGUUUACAGAAAUAGCUGGUUUGGAAGAUCUUCCGUCGGAGUUAUAUUUGAUGCGCUAUGUACUUCCCAGUUUGACUCCACUCAUGGCGGAGGUGGUGCGGUUGCGUCCCGAGGAUCCGGUGGCAGCGUUAGCGGAUAAGCUCUUCGACUACAAGCGGCGAACGGAGAUUUGA